AUGGCAAGUUCUCUUCUCGCUGCUAAAGAAGACGAGGGAAAAAACGACGAAAAAAACAAUGCAAAUCAAACACGUCGUAGUGUUGUUGAACGUUAUUAUACAUGUAGAUAUUGCAUAGAUGUUUUUAAACAGAAGGGAGAAGACCAAUGCAUUCUUAUACAUUCUAACAGAGUUUGUAUUGUGACUGUUGCUCAAAGUCAUUCUCUCUUCACACAAAAUCACAAGGUGAAAAAUAUCAGCUUUCAAGUGUCACAAGAUAUAAACAGAAUGAAUAACAAAGUCUCUGGAAAAAGUAAACGUGGAGCUCAAUGGUUGGGAGUAAAUGCUCCUUUGUGUAAAGUAACCAGUGAUGGUGGCAAAAUAUUCACUUUGGUUAGCUGCGUCAAAGGUCAACUGAUUGAAGUUAAUGAGGCUUUAAUUGAGAAUCCUAAUUUGAUAUUGGAAAAGCCACAGACAGAAGGUUACAUUGCAAUUGUAUUACCUCGACUUGAUGAACCUGCCCUUGGGACACACAAUUUGUUAACAGAAGAACAAUAUCAGGAAAAACUUAAAGAAAGGCAAAGUGAAACACAGAAUAUUUGA